CACACAUACACACAAAGUGCUUUCAGAUGUGCACACACACAGACCUUUAGAAGCGUUGCGAAUAUGCUCUGUGUCAGUACAUAUCGUGAGCAGCCACUGGCGAUGCCGUGCACAUACAAGUCCGUUCUGGAGAAGGUCCUCAUGGUGGACCAGAUCCUGUCUGAGUUCCUGCUGAAGAAGGAGGAGCUGCGGGAGGUGAUGGGGAGGAUGCAGCAGGAGAUGGAGCGCGGCCUCCGCCUGGAGACGCACAACGAGGCCAGCAUCAAGAUGCUGCCCACCUACGUCCGCUCCACUCCAGAGGGUUCAGAGGUGGGUGACUUUCUGGCUCUGGACCUCGGAGGCACCAACUUCAGGGUGAUGCUGGUGAAGGUUGGAGAGGAUGAGGAGAAAGGCUGGAAGGUGGAGACCAAGUACUACAUGUACUCCAUCCCAGAGGACGCCAUGACGGGCACUGCGGAGAUGCUCUUUGACUACAUCGCUGAGUGCAUCUCAGACUUCCUGGACAAACACCAAAUCAAACACAAGAAACUUCCUCUGGGGUUCACCUUCUCAUUCCCCGUGCGGCAUGAGGACCUGGAUAAGGGCAUUCUGCUGAACUGGACCAAAGGGUUUAAGGCAUCUGGGGCCGAGGGGAAUAACGUGGUGGGAUUGCUGAGAGAUGCCAUCAAACGGAGAGGGGACUUUGAAAUGGAUGUGGUUGCCAUGGUGAAUGACACAGUGGCCACCAUGAUUUCCUGUUACUAUGAGGACCGCAGCUGUGAAGUGGGCAUGAUUGUUGGCACUGGCUGUAAUGCGUGUUACAUGGAGGAGAUGCGGACCGUGGAGCUGGUAGAGGGGGAGGAGGGCCGCAUGUGUGUGAACACGGAGUGGGGUGCGUUUGGGGCCAACGGCGAGCUGGAGGAGUUCCGUCUGGAGUAUGACAGAGUGGUGGACGAGACGUCCCUCUACCCUGGCCAGCAGCUGUAUGAGAAGUUGAUCAGUGGCAAGUAUAUGGGCGAGCUGGUGCGACUGGUGCUGUUGAAGCUGGUGAAUGAGGACCUGCUGUUUAAUGGCGAGGCCUCCGACCUCCUCAAGACCAGAGGGAGCUUUGAGACACGCUUUGUCUCACAGAUUGAGAGUGACUUAGGGGACAGGAAACAGAUCUUCAACAUCCUGAGCACGCUCGGAGUUCUGCCAUCUGAGCUGGACUGUGACAUUGUGCGUCUAGCGUGUGAGCGAGUGUCCACACGCGCCGCCCACAUGUGCGGAGCCGGGCUGGCCGGCGUCAUUAACCGUAUGAGGGAGCGCCGCAGCCAGGAGGCGCUAAAGAUCACUGUGGGUGUGGAUGGCUCUGUCUACAAACUGCAUCCUCGGUUUCAAGAACGGUUUCACAAAAUUGUGCGGGAACUGACACCAAACUGUGACAUAACUUUCAUCCAGUCGGAGGAAGGAAGUGGACGAGGCGCUGCAUUGAUCUCGGCAGUGGCUUGCAAGAUGGCAGCUUGCAUCUUGACCCACUAAGAGAUGCUGAUGGGCCUCUGGGUUUCAAUGGAGGAAGAAUUAGGACUGCAGGACAGCUGAACUACAUUGUUACCUACAGCUCAUGCACAAUGGUCUUUUAGAUCUUUCUCCAGAUGAGAGAAUUAGCUGGAAGAGCAAGGCUCAGUGUAAACAGUGGACAUCAUUACCUCUUGGGCAACUCGCCAUUCACAGAGACUGCUUUAUCACAGUGUAAAAACAUGCCAGCUUUUCAAGAGAAUCCCCUCAUGACUGUGAUGUUGAGUCAUUGAAGCUUAUUAUCUCAGUGUCUCUGGGCAUGUACAUAGGUUCCCCUUGCUAACAUUUUGAUCACCUCAUGAUUUACAGAGGGUUCUGUUUACAUUUGAAACAUUUCCAUGUAGCAGAAUAUUUAGACUCAAUAGAUGCUAAAUCCCAUUAACACCUCCUUUUGUGGAUAGGAACGUUUGGUGACAUUUGGCACCGUUGGUAGACCUAUGUGAUGACACUUGAAGUUCUGAGUUGAUCGGUGACCACACAGAGGGAGAGAGAGAAGAAGAAGAAGAAGAAGAAGAAGAAGAAGAAGCAACUGUAUUAUAUCCUCAGCUGAAAUUUCUGCUGAAUUUGUUUAAUAAUUGAUUGACCUUUUUAUUUAUUAACAUGUAAAUUAAUGUGUAGCCUGUUACCUGUUAAACUGUUAUGACUGGGAUAUUUGGUAGAUGAAUCACCUAUGCUUUGUACAUGUGAAAUUAUUAAAUUACUGUAAAUAAAGAAAUGGUAUUGGAAAA